UGUGGCCUGGUGAUGGGAGGAGGGAUGGGGCUUGUGCUGAGCUUCUGAGGGAAGAGAGGAGCCCCUCACCUCGGGGCUCUGGGCCUGUGCUGCAGUCUCACCCACUGCCCGCUCCUCAGAACCAGCGGAGGAGCACCUAGAGGAGCAUUCCAGGGACAGGGACCAUGUCAGACAAGAAGGAGAAGCCCCCUGAAGUGAGGGAGCCAGUUUUUUGCUAAACUUUUUCCAAAAAGAAACAAGAAAGUAGGAUUCUUAGGCCUUCUCCCCAAGGAUAUCCAACAUACAGUUGACCAGGCAGCACAGAAGGUGAGAGCCUGACAAGAGCAGGGAGAUUUGUGCCAGGCGAGGUUUGCUGGAGCUCAGCCCAGACCCCAAGCAAGAAAGCCCAGCCCUUCCAACCAGCUCUGGGAGAAGGAGGAGGCCCUGAGGCUGCUGCUGAUGGGGCUGCUCUGCUCUUUCCAGAGCUGCUUCAUCUGUGGCCAGAGCGGGGCCACAGUCUCUUGCUGUGAAGCAGACUGUGACCUGAGUUUCCACCUGCCCUGUGCCAAGCAGGGAGGCUGUGUCACCCAGUUCAUUCCACCAUACAGGGCCUUCUGCCCCACACACAGCCCAGAGCAGGCAGUGGAGGCGACUCCAGAGCCGGGCACCGAAUGCCUCAUCUGCAUGGAGCCUGUGGAGGACAGAAAGACCUCCAACACCAUGGUGUGCCCAGCCUGCAAAACCGCCUGGUUCCACAGAGACUGUAUCCAGAAUCAGGCUAUCCAUUCUGGAUUCUACAUCUUCUGCUGCCCGCAUUGUCAAAAUGAGUAUAGAUUUCUGAUGGAAAUGUUUAUCAUGGGGAUACGAAUCCCCAGGAGGUUGGUAUUUUUUUUCACAGCUCACAACACAGGUGGGUGCAAGCGCUGUGCUGUGCCAGGGCCUGCCCCAGCAGUCCUGGCCCUGCCCUGUUCCGUGAGUCCUGGGUUCAGCUUCCCGCAGGAGCUGGAAAUGGCACAGAGGGAAGAGCAGGAAUGCCCUGCAUCUGCCUGCCACUCUGCUAUCAGGGUCUCAUCAAUUUUCCCUUCCUUUCCCAAAAGAGGACCAUCAUGGGAGGAAGACGGUGCCUAUGGACAGUUAUAUGAGAGACACAGCUGCUGCAAUGCCAGCGAGUGCCUUUUUCCAGGAGGCAGGGAGGAGGCAGAGGAACAGGGGCCCUGGGAACUGCUCCUGUGCUCCUCCUGUGCUGCUGAGGCCACUCACAGACACUGCUCUGGCCUGAGGGACAGCACAAACAGCUGGGAAUGUGAUGGCUGUGCUGGUCUGGGCACAGCCUCCAGAGAUGACUCGGAGCUCAGCAUGGACAAACAGCUGGGAUUGGAACCUUCCCACAGCAUGCCACCACCUGACACCAUCAGCCCCAGCACAGGCAGCCUGGUGCCAUCAGGGCUGUCCCACAGAUCUCCAGCACCUGAGACCAGCAGCCAGGCAGAAUCAGGACAGUCUCUGGAAUCUCCCUCUCUAGAGAUCAGCAGCUCCAGCACCACCAGCCAGGCAUCAUCAGGAUCCUCCUGUGUCUCCCACAAUCUAGAAAGUGGCAGACACUCCAGCAGCCCUGGGCCUGUGUGGAUCCGACACCAUUCCCGCCUUCAGCGUCAGGCCCAGAAUCCCCACAGCCAGCCUGGACAUGGGCACUGGACCUGCAGUGCACCAUCCCGGAAUGCUGGCCCUGAUCCCGCUCCACCAACACAAUGAAGCGCACUGGAAGGCACCACGCUCAUAUGUCAGCUUCCUCCUCCUCCUUCUCUCUCUCCAUGGGCAGCAUCCAGGGCUGGGC